UAGGCCUCCAAUUGAACAGCAAAAAGAUCCUUACGGUGAAGACCAGUGCAUUGCGAGUUUAAGGAUUUAUCAAGUGGUAAUCGAUGGAUCAAGCCACUCAACAUCUCUACAUGAAUAAGGGCAUUUCAGAAUUUAGUUAUUCCUCUAACUCAUCAGUUCAGAAGCAAGCUAUAUAUAAAACGAAGAUAGUGGUAGAGCAAGCAAUACUGGACAUACUAUCAAAGUUCUCUAGUAGUACCAGCAUCUCUGCAGCCGAGAAGAUUCGGAGUAUAUGUGUUGCAGAUUUAGGUUGUUCUUCUGGCCCAACUGCACUGCUGGUCAUUUCUAAUCUGCUGGACACUAUCUAUAACAAAUAUCGCGAGUCUACGAUGGUUAUGCCCGAGAUCCUCGUGUUUCUUAAUGAUCUUCCUGAGAAUGACUUUAACACCCUUUUCAAGUAUUUAAAAAGUUUUCGUGACGAAUUAAAAAAUACCAAAGGAGAUGGUUUUGGACCAUGUUUUGUUGCUGGGAUGCCUGGCACAUUUUAUGGUAGACUUUUUCCAAGUAACACUGUUCACUUUGUUCAUUCUUCCUACAGUCUCCACUGGUUAUCUCAGGCUCCUACAGGGAAUGAGAGCAAUAAGGGGAACGUUUAUAUUGCGAAAUCAAGUCCUCCAUCUGUGGUUGAAGCGUAUUGUAGGCAGUUCAAGAAAGACUUUAUCUCAUUUUUGAAUUGUCGUUCUGAGGAAUUAAUCAAGGGGGGGCGAAUGGUUUUAACAUUCUUGUGUAGGAAAAGUUCGGAUCCUACCAGUAAAGAGGGGAUUUGCUCGUUACUUGGGCUAUUAUCCAUGGCAUUGAAGGACAUGGUUUUAGAGGGAGUGGUUGAAGAGGAGAAAUUAGACAUAUGUAACUUUCCGGUUUAUUAUCCAUCCCUUGAAGAAGUGAAAGCCAUAAUUCAGAAUGAAGGUUCUUACCGGGUUAAUCAACUAGAGACGUUUCAAGUGAAUUGGGAUGGUAGUGAUUCUAGCAAAGGAGAUUCGACGACAGACGUGCUCAAAAGUAGCUAUGUCAUUGCUAACAGCAUCAGAGCCGUAUAUGAAUCCUUGCUAACGAGUCACUUCGGGGAGGAGAUAAUAAAUGAAUUGUUUGUUAGGUUUAGGGAGAUAGUUAAAGAAUAUGCUGUCCAAGAGAAAACUGAGUACACCAACCUUGUUAUCUCAGUGACCAAAGGUGAAAUGAUCUAAAUCACGUAAUAUGCAUAUUUCUUUUGCAUGAAAAAAAAAAAAGGAACACUAAGGUUACCUGAGUUUUAGUCUGUCUUGGGUUUUUUCAUCUUUUCUUGUGUCUACAAGUUAAGAUUUUUCCCAAGUCUAGUUUAAGUCUGUCCAAUAUAUUGUUCGACCAGUUUAUUAAUAAAUAUAAUUUAUCCGGAAGUUUAGGAGUUAAUUUCAUCUUUCCGUGCUAUUUGCAUGGAAUUGUAAGAAAAAAAAAACAUUGCUUAAAUUAUGUUCUAAACUCAAUUUCAUAGAAUUUCAUGAAAAA